AUGUCGCCAUCCAAAUCCCAACCACCACCUUGCGAUGGCGUGGAAGUCACAUUCCCAGAAGCAAACAUCAUGCUUGUCACACUCUCCCGGGCGAAGCAGAUGAACUCCAUCACGCACACCAUGAACUGGCAGAUCGAGAACCUCUUCGACUGGUACGACAAUCACCCUUCGCUACGUGUGGCAGUCAUCACCGGCUCUGGCGCGAAAGCUUUCUGCGCCGGCUCAGAUCUGAAAGAGAUUGAGCAAGCACAGCAAGCAAAGCUCGGCUUCCAGGAUCCAAAGAAGUCUGAGAUAUGGCUGCAUGAGCAUCCCAAGGGUGGCUUUGCUGGCGUGAGCAGGAGGAAGGGGAAGAAACCGAUGCUGGCGGCUGUGAACGGAUUGGCAUUGGGUGGCGGGUUUGAGAUUGUGUUGAACAGUGACAUCGCCAUCGCAUCUCCAAACGCCCAAUUCGGUCUCCCAGAAGCUCAAGUCGGCGUCUAUGCAUACGGCGGAGGUCUACCGAGACUCGUCCGCAAUCUUGGUAUGCAAGCAGCCAGCGACAUCGCCCUGACUGGACGUCGCCUCUCAGCACGAGAAGCACUGGACCUUCAUCUCAUACAAGGCAUUGCGAAAUCCCCCGAGACUGUUCUUGAGGAAACAAUGGCAAAGGCCAGACAAAUCGCCGCUGUCUCACCAGAUGGCAUAAUCGUCACCCGGGCAGCAUUACGGGAAGCAUGGGAGACGGGAAGUGUUGAGAGAGCUUUUCAAAUCACACAUGAGAACUACUACGACAAGCUGAUGAAGAGUGAGAACUCCGUUGAAGGAUUGUCUGCAUUUCGAGAGAAGAGGAAGCCGGAUUGGCGAACUGCGAAGCUCUGA